AUGCAGAGGAGCCGUGUGACGUGCCGAGCUGCUGCAGUCAGUGUCCUCGGUCUCCUGUGGGUCGUCACGGCCGCCUUUGCCUGCCCGGAGACAUGUGAUUGUGGGUCUGACGGGGAGGUUUACUGUAACGGACGGGGUCUCACAGUCGUUCCCGCCAACAUACCAUUGGGUACAACUGGUCUCCACCUGGAGCACAAUAACAUACAGAACCUGUCUGAUGCGGAUUUCUCCUACCUCACCAGCCUGGAGACGCUUUAUCUGUACAACAACGACAUCCGGGUUCUUCCUGCCGGAGUGUUCUCACGUCUCACCAGUCUGCGGGUGCUGUGGCUAUCUGGUAAUCAUAUAGCUGACCUCCCGGAUGGAGUAUUCUCACAUCUGACCAGUUUGGUACGGCUUUCCCUGUCCAACAAUAACAUCUCGAGUCUGCCCACUGGAAUAUUCUCACAUCUCACCAGUCUGCAGUCCCUGUGGCUAUCUGAUAAUCAUAUAGCCGAACUCCCGGAUGGAGUAUUCUCACAUCUCACCAGUUUGGGAUGGCUUGACCUGAACAACAAUAACAUCUCGAGCCUGCCCACUGGAGUGUUCUCACGUCUCACCAGUUUGUUAUUGCUUUACCUGAACAACAAUAACAUUUCGAGUCUGUCCACUGGAGUGUUCUCACAUCUCACCCGUCUGCAGGACCUGCGGCUAUCUGAUAAUCAUAUAACUGACCUCCCGGCGGAUGGAGUGUUCUCAAAUCUGACUAGUUUGGUACAGCUUUACCUGGACAACAAUAACAUCUCGAGUCUGCCCACUGGAGUGUUCUCACAUCUCACCCAUCUGCGGUAUCUGCAUCUAUUUGGUAAUCAUAUAGCUGACCUCCCGGAUGGAGUGUUUUCACAUCUCACCAGUUUAGUACAGCUUAACCUGAACAACAAUGACAUCUCGAGUCUGCCCACUGGAGUGUUCUCGCAUCUCACCAGUCUGGGGCUCUUGUCUCUGUCUAAUAAUCAUAUAGCUGAUCUCCCGGAUGGAGUAUUCUCACAUCUCACCAGUUUGGGAUGGCUUGACCUGAACAACAAUAACAUCUCGCGUCUGCCCACUGGAGUGUUCUCACAUCUCACCAGUCUGUAUAGACUGUUUCUAUCUGAUAAUCAUAUAGCUGACCUCCCGGAUGGAGUGUUCUCACAUCUCACCAGUCUGUGGAGUCUGGAUCUAUCUAAUAAUCAUAUAGCUGAUCUCCCGGAUGGAGUAUUCUCAAAGCUGACCAGUUUGGGAUGGCUUUACCUGUACAACAAUAACAUCUCGAGUCUCCCCACUGGAGUGUUCUCACAUCUCACCAAACAUAACUUGGCCCUUGGGAAGAAAGCAUCACAGAGUUCGACCCGAGCCUUCAAUGGAGUAUCAGCUGGAGCCGACAAGGCUGUGGAUGGUUCCAGACCUAUAGCCAUAGGGCCUGGCAAUGCUGACUGCGCUGUAACAAACCUGGAACAUCAGCCAUGGUGGCAGGUGGACCUGGCAGGUUACUACAGAGUCAGCCGGGUCAGAGUUAUAAACCGCUUCGAUGUGGGAGACACAUUAAUGGUGCGGGUUGGGCCAGACGAGGACUUCAUCCAGAAUGACCAAUGCGGACAGACUUACGCCGUUGGGUCAGUGUUAGAGUUCCCGAGUAUAGAGGCGGACUGCGCCCCGUCGAUGUACGGCCGUUAUGUGUCGGUACAGGCAAUGCCACCAUUGGGCGUGAACACAACCGGUUUGGCACUGUGUGAGGUCGAGGUCUAUGUUACAGAUAUCUGCUGUGACCGCACCAUUGGAGACAUGAACGGCAAGAUCACUACUACAGACGGCUACUGCUCUGGGAACGACAUCCAAUUCUCUUGCGACCCUGGAUACGAGCUCGUCGGCAGGUCCAGUGCCACGUGCCAGAAUAACGGGAGUUGGGACGGGGAGAUUCCGACUUGUAAACGUGAGAUAGUAAUCAUUAGUGACGUAACGUCUUGGUGA